AUGGCUGAAGAAGAUGAUUGCGUUGAGCUUAAGUUUAGAAUCUUUGAUGGGACAGAUAUAGGUCAUGGAACCUACUCAUCGUCCACUACUACUGAUAUUCUUAAGCAAAGGCUUCUGGCUGAGUGGCCUCAAGAUAAAUCUGUUAUCCCGAAGUCGGUAAAUGAUAUGAAACUUAUACAUGCUGGAAAAGUUUUGGACAAAGGCAAGACACUUGCUGAGUCCAGAAUACAUGUUGGUGACUUUCCACAAGGAGUCAUCACUAUGCAUGUUGUUGUACAGCCUCCUCUUGCAAAAAAGAAGACAGAUAAGAACCAGGAGAAACAAAAGCAGAACUCAUGUUCAUGCACCAUCCUUUAG